AUGCAAAAACAACAAGACCCAUUUAGUUUUCUUGAAUUAUUCAAGGUUUGGGGUGUAUGAGGUUUAUAUUAUAAUUAGAUAAUAUUUGCCGUAUAUUUAAAAUUGAAUAGGAAAAAAAUCCUUUUAGAAUUUGAUACCCAAUAUUUAAUUAUGGUUUUGUGUUCGAUUUGUGGAAGAAAAAAGGAGGAGAAAUUAUAUACAAUUUUAUUGGAUAGAUAUAGAAAAACAUACCUUGAAUUAAAGAGAGUCGAAGAGAAAAGAUAAUUUCUAAAGAAAAACUAUAAAGAAUAUUGUCAUUUAGGAUGCAUAGUGUUUUUUCUAUAGAAUGUUCAAAUAAUUUAGGAGAAAUAUUAUUUAGCAAGAGAUAAAUGCGUUACAGACUAUAUAUUUUUUGGAUUGGAUUCUAUACACAAAAGCAAAUAACUUAUAGAUUGUUCUAUUUGUGAUUAAGGUUUAAAUAAUGUGUAAGCUGCUCAAAAGAAAGCUUCAAUUAAUUGUUCUCAUUAUAAAUGCAAAAUGCUUUAUCAUAUAGAUUGCAUAAUUUAGGUUAAAAAAAGAAUUACAUGCACUAAAGCUAGGAUCAAUUUUUAUUGUAAUUAACAUUUUGAUAAAAAUGAACAAUAAGCUGAUUGGAAUCAAUGGGAAUCUAUAGCCUAUAAUUUAGUAAUAGAAAAUAUCCAUAUUAAAUAAGAAGAGCCUUAUCGAGGAGAAAGCAAAUAUUUAAUAGUCUCUGUUGAUGAUCCAUUAUAGACAAUUGGAGAAAAAUUAGAUUAAAAUUCCUUCAAAAGAUUGGAUGAAGACUUAACUAAAAAAUUGAAAGUUUAAAAAAAAGAAACAAAGGUUGAAUAAGAAAAGAAGAGAUAGAAAUUUUGGGAUAUAAGCAAAGAUUUUAAAUCCUAAUAUGAGUUUGGUCCAAGACCGAUGUUUUAAAUAGAUUAUUAAGCCAAAAGAAAGGAAGAAAUGCUAGUUGCUAUAGAUGAAGAAGAACAAUAAUAAUAGCCAAUUAAAAAAUCAAUUUUGGAAGAAAUCAUCAUAACAGAAGAUGGGAUUGAAAUUAAUAAAAUAGAAAAACCAAAAAAAAAGGUUAAACAAGUUUAAAAAGUAUAGGAACAAAAUGUUAAAGUUAAUAACACUUUUUCAAAAAUAAAAACAGAAUAAAUCGAAAUUGAUAAGGAAGAACAAAAAACUUAUUAAUAAACUUAAGAAAAUGGUGAUGUAUCUCUUGAUUAACUUUUAAGUUUUGUAAGAGAAAAAAAAAAUAGUAUUCCAACUAUUCCAAAUUAUGUUGAAUAAAGAAAUUAAUAUAGAGAAGUAGUAGAAAAAUAAAAAAAUAAUAAAGAAUAAUAAGAAAAGGAUGAAAUGAAAGAAUUAAGAGAAAUGUAAUAAAUGCUUAAAAAAAAAAUGGAUUUAUUUGAUAAAAGAGUAGAAAUAUCAAAUUAAAAUAAUCAAUAAAUACUUUCUAUAUAAUCAAAUAAUAAUACUAAUCAAAUAAAUUAUAAUAGUAAUAAUAAUCAUAAAAGUGUUUCUAAUAAUUUUAAAAGUGUAAAAACUAAUAAUACUAAUAAUAAUAUAAAAAAUGAUAAUGUUGUUAAUAAUCAAAAUAAUAUUAUGGAUAAUUUUAUUAAUUCUAAUAAUAAUAAUAAUCCCAUAAAUGAUAAUGAUUUGGAAGUUAGAAAAAAUGUAUAACUUUAAAAAGAGCCUAUAAAAUAAAAAUAAAUACCUAAUGCUGAUAUGAUUGAAAAUGAACAACAAAAAUCUAAAUAAACAAAAAUUGAUGAUUAUUCAAGCAUGUCUGCCACAGAACUUUUAAAUUUUUUAUUAAAAAAUUAAUAAAAGCAAAAUAGAACAAAGAAUCGUAGAAAAAAUGAAACAACAAGGGCCCUUUAAGCUUAACAUGAAAUCAUUUAUUAUCCAUAACCUGAAGAAGCCUGGGAAGAAAACCUAGAAGGAUGGUGGAAUAAGGUUGAAGAAACAUAUUUUAAUCCAAAAUAAGAUAUCUACUCAGCAAUAGAAAAAUUCAAAAAAAUAAAAGAUACUGAUAAACAAUUUCAAGAAUAUUUGAAAGUGCUUUAUGAAAUUAGAAAUGGUAACAUAAUGUAUGCUGAAUAUAGUCUACAAGAUGAUGAAUUAUACGAACCAAAGUUUUAAGAAGAUUAAGAAUACAAUUUUAAAUUCUAAAUCUUUAAAAAUAAAUUUUAUACAUCAGAAAAUGAUGAGGAUAUUUAUGACAGAUCCUCUUAAAAAUUAGUAUUAGAAAAUUUAACAGUUAUAGAAUUAUAAAGGCAAUCAGAAAAUUCUGUUUUUGAUUAAUUUUCAAAUGAAAAAGAUAGUUAAGUAUAUGUGGAUUAAUAUUUUGAGAAAUAUUAUGAAAAUGAACUCGAAAAAUUGAAAGUUUAGAAUUAAAUAGAUAUUAAUAAUUUGAAUUAGUAGUCUAUAAAAGAGUAGGCAAAAGUAUCUAUUAGCAAGUAAGGACAUAUUUAAUUAGACAAACUGCGAUAUUAUUAAUUAUUGAAAAACAUCAGGCUGGGAAUGAAAUAAAUAACAGAUGAAGAACAUUAAAUAAUUAUUAAAAAAAAAAUAGAUCUAUUAAGUAGUUUAAGAACAGAUAAUUUCUUCGGAAAAUGCAACCCUUCUUAAUUAAAAUAGGGCUAAAAGGAUGAAUUAGCAAGAGAAACAUGUUGUAAAGUCUGUUUUAAUUAUUAAUUAAUUUAAUUGGAUAGUAAUAAUGAUUUAUCAUACUGUGGCACUUGUUUAGCAACUUUUCAUAAACAUUGUUACAACACAACUGAUUAAUUUGAAAAUUGUGAUCAGUGCAAAUCUUAAAACAAUUCAUAGGUCUGUUAUAUUUGCCAAAAAAACUAUACAGGAAUACCUCUAAGAGAGAUUGAUUAAUAUUGGGUUCAUAUAACUUGUGCUUUACUAUGUGGAUUAUUAGAAUUUAAUUAAACAUAGUUUAAACUAAAAAAAGGUAUAGUUAAAUAAUCCUAAAGUCCUUGUUUGAUUUGUGAGGAAAAAAUUGGAGUUUAGUUGUCAUGUAGGGAAUGUGAUAAGUAAAUGCAUUUAUUUUGUGCAUUUUUAUGGGGGUUUGAAAUUAAAAUAUAAACAGAACCAGACUGCCUUGAUCCAUAUAUUUCAACAAACUUCUUAUGCCCUUAGCAUUUUGAAUAUAAUGAAAAAGAUAUCCUUAAACAAAUAUACUAUAGAUGGCAUGGGAUAAAUUUUAAUUAAGCUGGCUGCUUUGAAACAUUAGAAAAUUUCAUAAAAUGUAAAUUAAUCGCACAUUAGAAAGUAAUAAAUAGAAUUCAAUAUUUGUUAUAAAUUUGA